AUGGUUUCCAAGAGAAGGUCCAAUGGUGGCAUUAAGACUUUCCAUGUUCAUGAUCUAUUAAGAGAUUUAUGUGUCCAGAAAGCCAAGGAUGAGAAGUUCUUGCAGCCGAGUUGCGGAUAUUCACAAAUUUCUACUUCACCAAGAACUCGACCAAUCCUCUAUCACUACUUCAAUGCUGGUAAAGAACUAAGAGCUGGCAUUCAAGCCUACAGGAUUCCAGAUUAUUGUAAAUGCUUUCACUCUUACUGUUUUCACUCUUUCAAGAAAAAUGAUGUCAUCUUGCACAGAAGCAUAUUUACAGACUGGAGAAGGUCAUUUGUGUAUAAACUUCUCAGGGUGUUGGAUUUAGGAUAUAUGAUGCUAGAAGACUUUCCAAUGGAGAUAGUAAAACUAGUUCAUUUGAAGUACUUGGCACUUCUGAUUUACAGCAUUAGGAAGUUGCCACCCCUGUCUAGCCUGUGGAAUCUCGAGACCUUUAUCCUUGAUACAGAGAAGGGACAAAGGGUUAUCUUACCUCAAGAUAUUUGGAGAAUGAUAAAGUUGAGGCAUUUGCAUAUUUCAGGGGAACUAGAUUUCCAAAGUACCUCUUUGACUUCUUCAACUAUUUCUGUGCUAUGCAAUCUGCAAUCUAUUUCCCAUCUAUGUCCUUCAGGUUCAAUUCAGGAUGUUCUGGCAAGAAUUCCCAAUGUCACAAAUUUAGCAUGCCAUCUAACUUUAUCAAACACAACUGAACACCUUGAAUUCCCUGAUCUUUCUAGUUUGGAACUGCUAGAAACAUUGAAGUUUCAUUAUCAGACAUUUGGCAUGGUACCAUUCAGCGUCCCUGAACCAAGUAAAUUUCCUCCACAUUUGAAGAAGCUGACUCUGAUAGGUAGUCAUAUAGACUGGAAAGGAAUGUCAGUCAUUGGGAUGCUACCAAACUUGGAGAUUCUGAAAAUAAAGGACAAUUUCUUCAAUGGACCAAAAUGGGAAACAGGCGAUGAGGGGUUUUGUCAUCUCAAGUUCUUGAAACUUUCACACACAGAUCUUCAGCAAUGGAUUGCCUCAAGCAGCAGCUUCCCUUGCCUUGAGCAAUUGGUGUUAAAUGGAUGUCUAGAUUUGGAGGAAAUACCAUCUAGCUUUGAAGAGAUCUAUACACUUGAGAUAAUUGAGGUAUAUCAUUCAUCUCAGUCUCUGGCAGAUUCAGCUAGGCGAAUUCAAGAAUCACAGAGAUACAUGGGCAACGAUGAAUUGAAGGUCUUGAUCCACCCCAACUUUGAAGAGGAAUAG